GCACUUCGACUUCCAAGCACGUCAGAAUCACAUGCCAACGAAUCAUGGACAGUCGACCCUCGCUUGCAUUGGAGGUUUUCACUGCUUACCGUGGAAGCGACGAAAUCAAAAUGCCUCUAUGCUACGCCUCGACCGAUUGACUUGUUGGUACAACGAAACGCAACGGAGGUCUGAGGCAACAGAAAGGCUGAGCUCCUCGACGCCAUGGCCACACCAGUCCAUCGCACAGACCGAUUUCCUCGCCACAAUCAAGCAACGCCAGAGCGGCUUGCAGAUCUAUCGUGGGGCUCCCCUUCCGUCAGCAUCAAUGAAGGACGUCGACAAGAUCCAGCUGCAGCGCAUAGAAGAAGCCCUCCGCGAUUGAUCAGGGAUCGCUUCGCUCGACCAGGCUUGGUCCGCCCAUCCUUUGGCUUGAAUGACAGCGUGCAAGGGGGGGGGAACGAAUCCGAAGCAGACGCUUCCUUCAUAGGUCGCCGAAAUGUAGGUCCAGUGAGAGCUUUGGUCUUCCGAACAAGUGCAGGAGCUCCAGAGAGUGCGCAUUCUGCUCGGAUCCACGGAAACCCAUCCAAUCCGGAGAUGCCAAAUCCAGAUGGAGACCUCCCUUCGCAUGGUCGGCUGUCCAUGAGGACAGAGGCAGGCGCAAUCAUUGCAGAAGAAACAAACGCAAGCAUACUUAGAGACGAGCAGCAAGCCAACAACAGCGGCUUGUUGGCUCACGCGCCUACCUUCAGCUCUGUACAAGAGCAAAAGACGGCGACUGCUGCCGCCUUCAACGCGCCUACAGGCUCAAAAUCUGGGCACGCCCCCCGCUCUACUCCUUCCGCAUCUGCAGCCGUCGUGGCUGGCGCGCGAUUGCCAGCGCUCGCAGAGAAUCCGUCGGCAGAUAAAGUCGAGGGAGAUCGUUCAUCUCGCAUGGCUAUGAAAAUGCGCAGAUGGAUGCAUGAUGCAUUGCAAGCCCAUUUGUACGACACUGCCAUCUUUUGGGGGGACAAAGUUCUCUCAUUGGAGCUGACUGAGGAGGCAUACAAUGAUGCAUACUUCCUAGCAAACGCCUAUUUCCUGUCACACCAUUACCAAAAAGCCUUUGAUCUGCUUGCGACCCCGCUUCCUGACCGAGCCGGGUCAUCACUAUCACCGCUCGAUGACAAUGCGCAAGGCACAACAGUCGGAGAAGAGUCGGACGCGCUGGAGGCAGCCUUAGCUGGCACGCGCUUGUCCAGUCUUGUGCUUCACAGGCGUCAAGAGGCCUCAAAACAGGCUCGACGCAGAAACAAGCGUAAAGAUCGAAGUUUUACCGUCAGUGGUACCGGUACGGGAAGUGAAGACGAAGGAGAUGCGAGUGCCAGUUAUGCAAGCAUGGAGAGUGCCAAUGAAAGAUCAUGGAUGCUGCAGAAGGGGACUGCGAAAAAUCUGUCCUUAAAGACAACAGAGGCCGCACGGGAUGACGAAGAGGAGGUAUGGCUGGAAGACGUGGAUCGAUGCGUUCAAGAAGUUAAAGCGCAGGAGCGGCCAACCGCUGAAGGCCCGUGCCUCAUCAGCUAUAGCCAGCCUUGCCGCUACCUUGGUGCUCAAUGUCUAGUCCGACUUGGCAGAUUCUACGAAGCUCUGGAUCUCCUGGGCCGAGAUCACACCCGAUGGCAAGGAAGCGACACUGCCCAUCACAAGUCCCCCGCUUGGGACGGCGGCAUCAAGCUAGUCUCUUCGGCGUGCCAUCUGAGAGGCCUCAUUUAUCUGCGUCUCGAUGAACUCGACAAAGCUCGCGAAAGCUUCAUGAAAGCUCUCAGCCUCGACGUUAAGAACUACGAGGCUUUUGCAGCUCUGCUUGAUGGAUCUUUGCUUGCCGUUGACGCUCUGUGGGACUUUGUCCAGAAUCUCGACUUUCACGCGCAGGGUAGCACACAUCAACCUGGCGAAGGGGAGGGUGAACUCGAUGUCGUUCGCUAUCUGUACACCGUGCGAUUACCGAAGCAAUCGCUAGAGCAUUCGAGACGCAGUGGAGAGGCAAGAAAAAGGCUUGCUCGAGAGUUCAAUAUCGGACUCACAAAUCCGGAAGUGCUCCUCGGGCUUGCAGAGGAGCUAUAUACCCAUCUUCGUUUUGAAGAUGCCCACACGGUCACAUCUCGUGUGAUGGAGAUCUCCCCAGAUCAUCAAGGCGCCUUGCCGCUACACAUUGGGUGCAUGUACCACCUGGAGAGGCUCAAACCAUCUCUUUUUAUUGUCGCUCAUCGCUUGGUCGAAAAUGACCCUGACAACGCUUGCUCGUGGUAUGCUGUGGGUGCUUGGUACGCAGCUACCGAUCGAUGGCUUCAAGCUCGGCGUUAUUUCAGCAAAGCAUCAAUGCUUGAUCCUCGCUUCGCUCCCGCAUGGAUCGCCUUUGCACACAGCUUCGCUAUGCAAGGAGAAUCAGACCAAGCCAUUGUUGCGUACAGUACCGCGGCCCGAAAAUUCCAACAGUCGCAUCUCCCAAAGGUCUUCAUCGGCAUGGAGCACGUGCACCAGGGCAACUUUCAUCUGGCUGACUUGUUCUUCAAAGCCAGCAGCGCUCUCCUUCCUGAAGACCCGCUCUGCCUGAAUGAAAGCGGUGUCGUGGCGUUUCACCGCCAGGAGUACGAUGUUGCGAUCAGCACAUUCUCGAAAGCGAUUGCCAUUGCAAAGAGUGUCAAUGAAUCUCUACACGCCUGGACAGGCUGUAUGCUGAACCUUGCUCAUGCACACCGAUGCGCCAAAGAUCUGUCGGGAGCAUCACGGGCAUAUCGUGAGGUGCUGGACAUUGACCCGCAUAACGCCACCGCGUAUCUUGGCCUAGCGAUCGUGAAGCUGCAAGAGGACCGGAUUGCAGAAACGAUUGAGCUCGUGCAUGAGGCGCUUGCGAUCAAUCCGCGCGAUCCUGCGGCGACUGCGCUACUCGAAGCUGCUCUGAGCGAAUUCGCCGAGUCGGCGCCCCUUUCAGAAUCAGCACCGUCUCCCACCCUUGACACGGGGGAAUGGUCCGUUGGUGGUGUUGGUCAGAGCAAGUUUCAGGGGCAUAUCAGUGGCGCCACUGCAGCAACGGGAGAGCAGAGUGCAAGCAUGAGUCUGGAGACCGAGUAACAGCGGAUCACCAAGCAAGCCUUACUGGUGUUUGUAUUCUACAUGUAAUUUCGUAUGAAACAGUACCAGAAAAAGGCCCCUGUGCAGAUUUACC